CACAGUGUUUUUUUUGCGCAGAAAUAGUGGGGAGUAUCUGUGAGCUCGGUAGACUCCAGUGGUUAACAGGAGAGAAGCAGCUUGGAUCUUGGACGCCUCUUUUAGAGAAUUUCAGCAUCGGGACGGAGCUGAGCGACAAUUUCCCCCCAAAAAAGCGUCAGUCAAUUGCAAGGUUCGGGUUGCUUCCUGCGGUCUACCCCGGCUUGUAGCUAAGAAAAGGCUUGUCAAUCAACUGGAACUGCGCCGGCAGCACCUGAUCUGUGCAUUCGCGAAUCCAGGAGACGGACUAAAACCGCCCGGCUUCCUCAAGAUGAGACUCAAACCAGGGAUCUGAAUUGCUUAUUCUUUUUUCCUGUGCGUGGCUUUUUUUUUGGUAGGGGGGAGAGAGGAUGGAUUUUGCAGGAUUGAUCAAUGCAAGCACUUAUUGAUUCAAGGACUCCUGAGUGUAUGUGCGAGGGAGAGAGAGAGGGAUCCGCGCUCCGGGGGAAACACUCGCCCAAGAUGAACUGAUUUGAGGAGAAUCCAGCCAUAAUACGGAGGGGGAACCGGAUCCGAGGAAUGUCCUUCGCACACACGCCGCCGUCGCCGCCUUCACACCGGGGGGACGCAGCCAGCCCACAGAAUCGUCCAGUGAACCCCGGGAAUUGACCCAGCUUGGCGGACGGACGUGCAUAUUUCAACCCGCAACACCUCCGCACUUGAAAUUCCUGGGAAACCGCAGCGAAAGGAACCAAAACAUGAACAUUCAGAUCACUUUGGUGGCUCUUACUUAUUUCUCUGUCAGUGAAAGUUUGAAGACUGUGUCUAAAAGAAAUCUGGUUGACGUUUGCAUCGAUUGGUCUGUGGAUCUCAAAAAAUACAUGGUGUUGGCAGGUGAGCCUGUACGUGUGAAAUGUGCACUGUUCUAUGGAUACAUCAGGACUAACUACAGCAUGGCACAGAAUUCUGGACUCAGCCUCAUGUGGUACAAAAAUAACGGGCAAGGAGAUUCGGAAGAACCUAUUAUAUUUUCUGGGCGUAGAAUGAGCAAAGAGGAAGAUUCAAUUUGGUUCCAUUCGGUGGAAUUACAGGACAAUGGAUUUUACACAUGUGUAUUAAGAAACUCGACGUACUGUAUGAAGGUGACGAUGUCCUUGAUGGUGGCAGAAAACGACUCAGGACUUUGCUACAACAGUAUGAUCAGAAAUUUGGAGAAAGCUGAAAUUACUAAAAGCAAAGAGAUCUUCUGCCCAGACAUUGAAGACUUCAUCACAACUGAUCAAGAUAUUGAUAUUGUCUGGUACAAGGAAUGCUUGCCAAAACUAUGGAGGAGUAAUAUCUCACAAAAGCGGAAUAUUCUUGUCAUUGAAGAGGUUGAAGAGGAGGAUUUUGGAAAUUACACCUGUGAACUCAAAUACAAGGACAAGUUGGUGAGAAGAACGAUUGAAUUAAUCGUUACAGCUGUUCUCACCGACAAACUACCCGAGCUGCUGGACCCCCUUGAAAACCAACAAAGUGUCGUCGAGGUCCAGUUGGGCCAUCCAGCCGCCCUCGUCUGCCGGGCAUUCUUUGGGUACAGCUCAGUUAAUCCCAUCAUUUACUGGAUGAAAGGUGAUAAAUACAUGGAGGAACUGGAGGACAAUCAGAUUAAGGAGAGUGAAAUCAGGGUUCUAAGUGAGCAUCUUGGAGAGAAGGAAGUGGAAUUAUCGCUGCUAUUUGAUUGGGUGAAGGAGGCUGACUUGGGGAACUACACCUGCAUUGUGGAAAAUCGGAUUGGACGCACUCAAGCCAGCAUCCUGCUCCAGAGGAAAGAUCUAAUGUACAGAGUGGAGCUCGCAGGUGGUUUGGGAGCAAUCCUUCUCCUUAUCACCUUCCUUGUAAUCAUUUACAAAUGCUACAAUAUCGAAAUGAUGCUCUUUUACCGGAGCCAUUUUGGAAGUGACGAAACAGAAGAUGAUAAUAAGGAAUAUGAUGCAUAUCUGUCAUAUACCAAAAUCGACCCGGAUUCACUCACCCAGGACAACAGGAAGGAAGAACAGUUCGCAUUGGAAAUUCUACCAGAUGUACUGGAGAAACAUUAUGGGUACAAAUUAUUUAUUCCUGACAGGGAUUUAAUGCCAAGUGGAACUUACAUUGAAGACUUGGCAAGGGGCGUCGAUCAGAGUCGAAGGCUAAUUAUUGUGCUGACUCCAGACUAUGUCAUCAGACGUGGAUGGAGCAUAUUCCAGCUGGAAAACAGACUGCACAACAUGCUUGUGACUGGAGAAAUCAAAGUUAUUUUGAUUGAAUGCCCUAAUGUGAAAGGGAUAAUGAACUAUCAUGAAAUCGAAGCCUUAAAAGACAAUAUAAAACUUUUAUCUGUUAUCAAGUGGUGUGGACCUGAUUGCAACAAACUGAAUUCCAAGUUUUGGAAGAAAGUCCGGUACGAGAUGCCUAUCAGGAAGAAGGAGCCAGUUGCACGUGGCCAGGUUCUGGAUUCUGGUGAACAGGGUAUUUUUGGAGAACUGCAAGCUGUCUCAACUGUUUCCAUGGCAGCAAACUCCGCCACGCUUGGACCUCCCCCGGUAGAGCUGCCACCAAACUUUCACAAAGCAGAUCAUAUGCAAAUGAGGCAUUACUGUCGAACUUACGAGUACGACUUCCCGCCCGCAACAGUGCCCAUUACCUCGAUUAGCAAUCAACACACCUACGGCAAUAUUCCAAUGACCCUCAUUAAUGGACAGGUUCCGCAGAUCAUUAUCACCAGAGAUCCUUCCCUUCGGGACACCCCCAUGAGCAACGAAUGCCUGCCAAUGUCCUCACGAGAGAUCGGUAUCACCAGCGAUAUCUGGUAAGGGUUGGGCAGAAGGACCCAGUUCCCUUGUCUCUCCACAUUUCAAGGCUCACAGGAAAAGAAACCUAACAUUAAACUCAUGAGCUGUGAACACUUCAUCAGCCAUGCAAUAUCCUAGAAUAAUGUUAUCUUUUAGACAUUGUAUGUGUGAGCUUGUAUAUUUUAGUUUGAAUUCUAAGAAGACUUGUCAGCCUGUGCUAUAGAUUGGCUUUAACCCUUUCCUGAACGAAGUUGCUAAAUCUGAAACAGCUGAUGAUAGCAGAUGUUGUUUUGAGUGGGUCACUAUGUCUUCACGGUCGGUAGGAAGCAAUUAUUGGAACUCUUGUCCCCCUCCCUCCCUAAAAAGAUGGGGUAUUGAUUGAAACUUUUGAUACUCUAAUGAACUUAUUUUGUUAGUCUAGGUCACUUAAGAGUUACAGAAGGAACCAAAGGAUGUUGAGGGAGCCAACCCAUGAUUUAAUCAAAUGUGGGAAAAUGUUCUAGGGCCCAAAUGGCUUCUUUCUAUGUACGCUCCUUUUGUAUGUUCUUCGCCUCAUCGCUUACAUAUACUUGACAUCCAUUGUUAGAAGUGAGGACAUUAGAAAUUCAUAAUUUUGCUUCCAUUUGUACUCCACAACUAUGUACUUCACACAAUGUAAAUUCUGCGAGUGAAAGGUUUAACGUAUGAGGAGUCUUUCAUGGCUCUGGACCUGUACUCACUGGAUUUUAGAAGAAUUGGCAGGGGGGGAAUCUCAUUGAAACCUAUCAAAUAUUGAAAGGCCUAGAUACAGUGGACAUGAAGAGGAUGUUUCCUAUAGUGGGAGACAAUAGGACCAGAAGACAAUGCCUCAGAAGACAAGGACAUCUCUUUGGAACAGAGAUUUCUUUAGCUAGAAGGUCGUGAAUCUGUGGAAUUCGUUACUACAGAUGGCUGUGGAGGCCAAGUCAUUGGGUAUAUUUAAAGCAGAGCUCGAUAGUUUCUUGAUAAGUCAGGGCAUCAGGAGAAGGCAGGAGAAUGAGGUUAAGAGGGAAAUAAAUCAGCCAUGAUGAUAUGGCAGAGCAGAAUCAAUGGGCCGAGUGGCCUACUUCUACUCUUAUGUCUUAAAGACAUUGACUCCAGCAAGAUACAACAAUAUCACAGGAAGCAAUGGGGAGCCUGAAGCAGCCAUGAAUACUAACCAGAUUUAAAAAAAACACACACAGCUAAAUCUUGCAAGAUGAAAGCAGACAGAAUGAUUAAAUACAGUACACAGGACACAGCUGUGCAUGGUACUGUCAGAAUUUUACUGAGGAGGGCUCCGGUACUUUGCACAAUGACCUGAAAUGUUCUAUCACUGUUUAUGUUCCUUUUUCCCCUCGGGAUUAAUUUCUUUCACUGCAAUGAGUUUCAAACAUACAUCAGUCUCAACAUUAAUACAGUCUGCUCUCUUACUCAACACUGCUGCAGCCCAGUAUUUAUUGAUCGAUUAUUAUCAAUUAAGAGUGAAAUGGAUUUUCUUUAAUACUAUUUACAACAUGCAUAAUAUUGUUUCACCCUCAGUCCUCUUUUCUGCCCACAUCUCCACUCGUUUCUUAGAAGUAGGAUGUGAGAUAUUGCACAGGAAAUUCAACAAGUCAGCAGAAUAGGAUGAUGGUGUCUCAGCCAUACCAUCAAAGAAAGCUGUGUGCUCAGUUCCCAAUGGACGCACAUAUAAAGAACUACAUCGACAGUAUUUUCACCAGAUCCACCCAUUUUUACACAAAGCAUAUUGAAUAAAUAAUGCCUCCUCUGCUACUGACAA